AUGAGAGUUAGAGGGGCUUGUGUGAUGUGGAGGAACCAUGAUUCUUCUGGUUCUCUUGUGUCUGAAGUGUAUGCAAAGAAAUCAUGGCUUUGUUUUGUUGGAAAUCAUGGCUUUGUAGAAGUUAAUACUGGGAUUUUCAUGGAUAAUGUAGAUAAAAGUUGGAUGCAUCUCCUAAGAUGGACGGAUGAGUAUAUCCGUGGAGUGAAUGAUUUCCUUGAUAAGGCAUUUGAACGAGCUUCCCAAGGAAAUGAAAUAUUAUGCCCUUGCACAAAAUGCAUUAAUCUCUAUUGGCAUUAUAGAAAUGUGGUGGAAGAUCACUUGGUCGUUAAUGGCUUUGUUGAUAGUUACACCGAAUGGGUUUUCCAUGGUGGAGGGUUUUCCUCUAGAAUUACACCUCGUCAAAGCAAUAAUGAUGAAGGUUCUAACAUGCGUGAUGAUAUUGAUGGAUUACUUCAUGAUACAUUCAGAAAUGUAGAAGGCGAGCCGGUACAACAAGAAGGGAUGAGAGAGGCUCUAUCUGAAGAUGCUAAGAGAUUUUUUAAAUUAUUAGAGGAAGGGAAACAAGAAUUAUAUCCAGGGUGUGAGAACUUCAAUAAACUGAGUUUCACCCGGUUGUACUUGUUUAAGUCUUUGCAUGGGUUGAGUAAUGUAGCCUUUUUAGACUUGUUAGAGUUGCUAAAAGAGGCAUUUCCCUUUGCUAAGCUGCCAGAGUCUUUCAACAAGGCUAAAAAUAUGAUAAAAGAUUUGGGUCUUCAUUAUGAUAAAAUACAUGCAUGCCCUAAUGAUUGCAUGCUAUUUUGGAAUGACAAUGCAAAGGCCGAUAAUUGCUCUGUUUGUGGGUCUUCUAGAUGGAAAAGUUCUAAUCGUGCCUUGACUAAUGCAAGUUCUAAAGUUCCUGCAAAGGUUUUAAGGUACUUUUCCUUGAAGCCUAGGCUUCAGAGGAUAUUCACGUGUCCUGAAACAGUUAUUGCAAUGAGAUGGCAUGCUAAUGAACGACCUAAUGAUGGGAAUUUGAGGCAUCCUGCUGAUGGAGAAACUUGGAAGGAUUUCGAUUCUCUACAUCCCGACUUCUCCAAAGAUCCACGUAAUGUUAGGUUGGGUCUUUCAAGUGAUGGUUUCAACCCAUUUCGAACCAUGAGCAUUUCUCAUAGCACGUGGCCUGUCAUGUUAAUGAACUACAAUUUAUCACCAUGGAUUUGCAUGAAGACAGAAUAUAUCAUGUUGUCAAUGAUCAUUCCAGGUCCUUCAUCUCCAGGAAAUGAUAUAGAUGUGUACUUACAACCACUUAUUGCAGAAUUGAAGGAACUAUGGGAAACUGGGAUAGAAACAUAUGAUGCUGAGACAAAGCAAACAUUUCAAAUGCGUGCAGCCUUGCUGUGGACAGUUAGUAAUUUUCCAGCAUUAGCUAUGCUUUCAGGAUGGAGCACCAAGGGGAGGUUGGCAUGCCCCACUUGUAAUUAUGACACAUGCUCUCUAUAUCUCAAACACAGUCAUAAGAUGUGUUAUAUGGGCCAUCGAAGAUUUUUGCCUCAUGAUCAUCCUUUGCGGAAAGAUAAGAAGUCAUUUGAUGGUAAGGAGGAACAUAGACCUGCACCUACUCCUUUGUCGGGUGUAGAAGUGUUUCAAGAGCUGCUUGAAUUCAACAAUAUUUUUGGAAAGGGCAAAAAGAAAAGACCUUGGGAUAACAAGGGUCCGUGGAAAAAAAAUCUAUUUUUUUUGAAUUGCCAUAUUGGGCGCAUAACAAAUUGA